AUGGCUGCUAAGAAACUAAGAAGAGCAAGGUUGUCUCAGGAGCUGUGUGAAAGGCUGAGUCGCCAUCAGAUCACUACCUGUCAGGACUUUUUAUGUCUUUCCUUCUUGGAGCUAAUGAAAGUGACAGGACAGAGCUACUAUGAUGUGCAGAAGCUUGUUUGUAAAGUCAGCCGGGCUUGUGCUCCCAAAAUGCAGACAGCUUAUGAAAUGAAACUGAGGACGUCUGUCAAUCCCUCUUCAGCCUUUUUAUCCACCACGCUGCAUAGUUUGGAUGAAGUCUUGCAUGGUGGGGUACCCUGUGGAUCCCUCACAGAGCUAACUAGCCCACCAGGUUGUGGCAAAACUCAAUUUUGUAUUAUGAUGAGUGUUCUGGCUACGCUACCUGUCAGCAUGGGAGGACUAGAUGGGGCUGUUAUAUACAUUGACACAGAGUCUGCAUUCAGUGCUGAAAGGUUGAUUGAGAUAGCAGGAAACAGAUUCCCUACUUAUUUUGACUCCGAUGAAAAGCUGUUCUGCAUGACCCGUAGCAUUCACCUGUAUCGAGAGCUGACCUGUGGCAGUGUACUAAAGAGGAUUAUGUCUUUGGAAGAAGAAAUUAUUUCAAAGAAAGUUAAACUCAUAAUAAUUGACUCUGUUGCUUCAGUUGUCAGAAAGGAGUUUGACACAAAACUCCAAGGCAACCUGGCAGAGAGAAGUAACUUUUUGGCUAGAGGAGCAUCGAUGUUGAAGUAUUUGGCAGAGGAGUUCUCAAUACCAGUUAUCUUGACAAAUCAGAUUACCACAUCAUUGAGCAACGGCCUUGCGAUCCAGGCAGACCUGGUGUCUCCAGCUGAUGAUUUGUCCCUGUCUGAAGGAGCUUCUAGAAGUGGGAAGAGGGAAUCUAGUUGUGUGACAGCAGCCCUUGGCAACACGUGGAGUCACAGUGUCAACACCAGGCUCAUACUACAAUAUCACGACUUACCGACAAGACAGCUCCUGGUUGCUAAAUCCCCUGUUGCUCCAUUCUCUGCUUUUUUCUACACCAUUGAGAAAUCAGGCUUGGUUCUUCAAGAUGGAAAGGAUCAAACAAAUUUAACCUUGGAAGGAACCAAUCCUGCCCUGCAGACCAUACGAGUGAGGAACACUGCCUUGAAAGAUACUUUACUUGAUGCUGCUUUACCCAAAACUUCUGGUGAGACUCGGAGCAAUACAUCCAAUCUGUAG